GCGUCACUUUUAUCUACGCAAACUCGUCAUACCACGUCUUUGUGUGCGAGUGUCAUUACACGGAGAAGGUUGUUUUGCGUUUUCAUUUGCCAUUCUUGCCUUCUCGCUAUAUACGAAUCGUGGACGAGCGAGAACUUCCCACCACUGUCAUUAUUGGACGUGUGUAUGUGUGUGCACGUCCAUCUGUUGCCGGUGGCGUAGUCGCGCAUUUUCGCGAUUGAACGUGAGCUUUCUAACAUAAAACGAGAUUAUAUUCUGCGCGAUUAUGGCGCAAGUACGCUACACUCGUAACUUGUUCCUGCGUGGAAUGUGCAUUAUAUACCUAUUCGCCUUUCUCAGCUUUUACAUACAGAUUCCGGGAUUGUAUGGUGACAAUGGAAUCCUACCAGCCAGAACACAGGUGGAUUUCAAGAAACGUGCAACAUUAUUCAAUAAACUGAAACAAAAGCCAACAUUAUUAUGGUUUGCACCAUAUCUAGGCUUAAAUGUAGAGUACAUGUUGGAUGUAUUGUCCCUUCUUGGAGUCAUUUUCUCCUUUGCAGGAUUUAUCUCGCAAAAAUUCUGCAUUGCACCAGUAUUUGCAGGAUUAUGGUCUCUAUAUUAUUCCUUAUACCAGAUUGGACAAACAUUCAUGUGGUUCCAAUGGGACAUUCUGUUGCUAGAAGCAGGAUUUCUGUGCAUUCUCUCAGCACCAUUGUGGUAUCCACGCUGGAAGUCAAACACUCCGAGCGACGCCGUGACCUUCUGGGCUGUGCGUUGGUUGCUCUUCCGUCUCAUGUUUUCUAGCGGAGUGGUGAAGCUUACUUCAGGAUGUCCAUCAUGGUGGAAGUUGGAUGCUCUAUCUGUUCAUUUCGAGUCUCAGUGUAUACCUACUCCCUUGGCAUGGUAUGCUCAUCAUUUGCCAACUUGGUUCCUUCGUCUGUCUACCGUCUUCACAAACGUUAUUGAGCUCGCCAUACCACUCUUAUUUUUCUUCCCAGACAUAAAAGUGAGGAGAGUGGCGUUUUGUGCUCAGGUGUUUUUACAAAUCUGCAUCAUCAUUACCGGAAACUAUAAUUUCUUCAAUUUCUUAACCAUCUGCUUAUGCAUAUCCUUGUUGAAUGAUCAGUUCUUUUACAAACGACGAUCCCGAAGCGAUAUGUCUCGUAUCAUGAGCAAUCUUACAACUGAAUCUGCAGUACUGACUGUAUUGGUUUAUGGAGGGCUAAUGUAUGGAACGUACAUUUACUAUAAUCUUAGGAUAACAAACAACUGGACCAUCGAAUCGAAUAUUGCAUUUACUCAAGAACAAUUCGAUUAUGUUUUAUCUCGUGUAAUACCUAUUUCUAUAUAUAUCGGCAUGAUAUCUCUCGGAGCUACGACGUUGGACGCGAUGCUUAAUUCAGUGUUCUUUGUAAAAGGAAUAUACAACAAAAUAUCGUCGCUCGUAGUUACAUUUUUCUACGUUAUAGCUGUAUGGUCGAUAUUUUGCAUAAGUAUUGUACCGUACGCCUCUUUACACCCGUCGCAUAACUCAACGAUACCCAUUCAACUGAGACAAGCUCACGCGACAGUGGAUCAUCUUCAUCUAGUGAACAGUUACGGCUUGUUCCGUCGUAUGACCGGCGUCGGGGGUAGACCGGAAGUGAUAAUAGAGGGCAGUGACAGCAUCGAUGGGCCCUGGAAAGAAUAUGAAUUUUUAUAUAAACCAGGAAAUGUUAACAACUCGUUACCGUUUGUUGCACCUCAUCAACCACGUCUCGAUUGGCAAAUGUGGUUCGCUGCUCUGGGUACAUACCAUCAAAAUCCUUGGUUAAUGCCGUUAGCUUAUCGUCUAUUGACUGGUCAACCUGAGGUACUAGCGCUAAUGAAUACUGUCGAAAAUCCAUUCCGAGACAGACCGCCGAAAUAUAUCAAGGCCAGUCUCUACUAUUAUCAUUAUACAUCGUGUAGCCAAACACGGAUACAUGCUUGGUGGACCAGAGAAAAAUUGGGAGAAUAUUUCCCAAUAUUCAGCCGAGAUCAUCCACCACUUAUCGAGUACCUGAAGAAGAUGAAGAUUAUUCAAGAGAAGCCAAGUUCCAAGAUCACAAAUGAGCCGGCCAAAUUGAUUCUGGACAAUUUGAGAUCUUUGGUCGGUAAAAUGGAAGCGUGUCUACUCUUGUGGAGUAUCCUCACAGCGGGAUCGGCCAUAAUCGUGACAGGUUACAAUAAUUCGGUGUCAAAAAAGAAGUAAUUACUAAACAAUAAUCGUUACGAAAAUUCGUGAGUUAUAAUUAAAAAAGUGUUAAUGAGAUAGAAUACAAACCGUAAAAUAUACACGUGUAUCGAUUAAGCAUCACUUGCAUCAUGGAUGCAUCUUAGAGAAGCAAGUGUUUUCUUUUGUAUGUAACAUAUAUGUGCAUUGAUUCUUCUCAUCUAAUAGGUCUCUCUGUCAGACAAUAUUAAUCAUUAUACAUAUAUAAUAUAAUGAGUCUCAUAUAAUAACACAUGAUGCAUGCAAUAAAUCCCCAUUAAAGUCGAUCUAAACUCAAAAAGAUAAGGAAGCGACGUGUGUUUCGUAUAAAAUAAAUAAUGUAGUUAAGGGGAUGUGACUGUAUAUUGUUCAUCUUCCAAUGAACGAUAUUUCCCGAGUGCAUUUUAUCGUAUUUUGUUUAUAAUAAUAAGAUAAUCAGCAUUAUAUGCUUUUAUAACAGUGAUUACAAGACGUGUAUAUUAUUUAUAAUAUUCAUCAUCUUAAAAUUGUUAUAUUUUUUAUUUCAUAAAUGUUACUGUUAUAUCAUUCAUUAUGGUUUAUUUUGCUAUUUUCAAUUAGUACAAAGAAUUUAUAUCGCGAAAUAAAAGAUAGAGAGUGUAUUUAUUAUAACGAAAAGUAAAUGAAGAAUAGAAAAGAAAAGCGAAAACGCAAAUUUCAAUACAAAGUUUUCUCAUUGGAUGGUCGAUAUUACAUUUUUUUCUUAUAUUUAGUGAGUAACUAGAACUGAAUUUCUUCUUAGUAACUAUUUUAUUCUUACGGCCUUCCAGUAAAAACUAAUAAUUGUAACCUAUAUUCUAUUUACUCACUCUAAGUGCAUAUUUGUAAUAUAUGUGUUUGUACAUAUAUACAUUUAUACGUAUAUAUUUCAAUUUACACAUGCUAAUAUCAUUACAACUAUGUAAUACAUUAUGUGAAUUAUUUUCAGAAAACUAUAUAUUUGUAUUAAAUAACAGUCGGUCCUAUAACCGCCUACUUCGAUAUAAAAGAAAAAUGUAACACACUUGAAAUGUAAUAAAACUUCCAUGCUUCCUAUA